GUGGACAACUUCACCCAGAGCGCGCUGCUCUCUCUCCAGGAUAGGAUGGGUGCCAUCUUCACAGAACAACUGCUCCAGGAUGUGCCACCGGAUCCAUCUUGUUCACUUGCUUACAUAAUGGAGCUCACCGCAGGGAGCCUUUUUCCAGCCUGGGGCCGCUUUUCGCCUGCCUUGGCUUCCUCUUCCUCGAUGCUACAGACUUUCGCAGCAUGGAUGGAUCGAGUCCUUUCGCUGCUGGUUGAAGUUCCUGGAUCUUUGCUGUUUCAGCACACCAUGCUGAAGCUUCUGCUCUUCUAUGGCGAGAGGCCCGAAAGCGAUGCCUUCCAACUGCUGAUCGGGCAAGCACCAACAUCGGAUCGACAGCAUAGACCAGUCCAGGCCGAUCCUCCGACCCUUUGCCCCGAGAACGCUGCCAGGCGGUGCGUCCGGAGCAGGCUGCGAAGUGCUACCGGGAACUUCAGGCACUCGCAUCGUCCUCCUUGCGCUGGGUCGUGA